AUGGGGGCGAUCGGGGCGGCCGAGCCGCUGCGCUCGGAGCUGUGGGUGAAGCGGCAGCGCUGCGUCGUCUGCCUGGAGCCCGCGCGGGCGCUGCUGCGCUGGUGGCGGAGCCCGGGGCCGGGGCUCGGCGCGCCCGGCGCGGAUGCCUGCUCGGUGCCAGUGUCCGAGAUCAUCGCUGUCGAGGAAACGGAUGCCCACGGGAGACACUCCGCCAGCGGCCGGUGGCAGAAAAUGGAAAAGCCGUUUGCGUUCACAGUGCACUGUGUGAAGCGAGCCCGACAUCACCGCUGGAAGUGGGCGCAGGUGACUUUCUGGAGCUCCGAUGAACAGCUGUGCCAGCUGUGGCUGCAGACCCUCCGCGAGCAGCUGGACACACUGACCUCAAGGCCCAAGCACCUGCUGGUGUUCAUCAACCCGUGCGGAGGCAAAGGCCAGGGCAGGCGGAUCUAUGAGAGGAGAGUGGCGCCGCUGUUCACCUUGGCCUCUGUCAGCACCGAAGUCAUCAUCACUGAGCACGCCAAUCAAGCCAAGGAGACUAUGUUUGAGAUCAACACAGACAGCUACGAUGGCAUCGUCUGCGUGGGCGGCGACGGCAUGUUCUGUGAGGUGCUGCACGGGCUGAUCGAGAGGACACAGAGGGACGCUGGCAUCGACCAAAACCACCCCCGGGCCAUGCUGGUUCCCAGCGCCCUCAGGAUUGGCAUCAUCCCCGCAGGGUCCACAGACUGUGUGUGCUAUUCGACCGUGGGCACGAUCGAUGCGGAGACCUCUGCCUUGCACAUCAUUGUUGGGGACUCGCUGGCCAUGGACGUGUCCUCAGUGCACCACGACAACACGCUGCUGCGCUACUCGGUGUCCCUGCUGGGCUACGGCUUCUACGGGGACCUGAUCAAGGACAGUGAGAAGAAGCGGUGGAUGGGGCUCGUCAGAUACGACUUUUCAGGGGUCAAGACCUUCCUCUCUCAUCACUAUUACGAAGGAACCGUGUCUUUCCUCCCUGCACAGCACACGGUGGGAUCUCCGCGGGACAGGAAACCCUGCCGGGCAGGGUGCUUCGUGUGCAGGCAGAGCAAGCAGCAGCUGGAGGAGGAGCAGAAGAAAGCCUUGUACGGCCUGGAGAACGCGGGGGAUGUGGAGGAGUGGCAAGUCAUCUCUGGGAAGUUUCUGGCCAUCAAUGCCACAAACAUGUCCUGUGCUUGUCCCCGAAGUCCCCAGGGCCUGUCCCCAGCUGCCCACCUGGGAGAUGGGUCCUCCGACCUCAUCCUCAUCAGGAAGUGCUCCAGGUUCAACUUCCUGAGAUUCCUCGUCAGACACACCAACCAGUGUGACCAGUUUGACUUCACUUUUGUUGAGGUCUAUCGCAUCAAGAAGUUCCAGUUUACAUCCAGGCACGUGGAGGACGAAGACAGCGACUUGAAGGAGCACGGGAAGCAGCGGUUCGGGCAGAUCUGCAGCGACAGCCCCGCCUGCUGCUGCCUGGCCUCCAGCAGCUCCUGGAACUGUGACGGGGAGGUUCUGCACAGCCCUGCCAUCGAGGUCAGGGUGCACUGCCAGUUGGUGCGUCUCUUUGCACGAGGAAUUGAAGAGAAUCCUAAGCAAGAGUCACACAGCUGAGAAGCCGGUACAUGUUGUUGACCUUGUACUUGGGAAGUGAAAAAAAUUAAGAAAAUUCCGACAGACCAGUUAUGUUCAUGUAUCCAUUUAAACGUAGAAAUUUAUUUUUGAUAGUUGAAUCUUGACUUGAGAAAAGAAAGACACCUUUGUCGGCAAUCCUGUGUACAUACCCAGCAUCCCAAGUUCCAUGUGACUUUUAGUUGCAUUUCAUAUAAUUGUUCUUGGCAAAUGGCACUUGCUGGUUUGGGGCAUUGGCUUCUUAGAUGCCAAGAGCACAGACAUCAGAACAGCCCACAGUGGCUCCUCUGCAAUAAUUUUAGGGACAUUAUAAUAUACACUUCCCAGGAAUCAGGUUUACACCAUCUGGACACAAGGUAACUACUGGGUCACUCUGAGCUGCUAUGGAAGACAUUCUGGAACAGUUUGGGCCCAGGGUUGGGAAAGCAGACAAUUCUCUCCGCCUUCAUGUCGCCCCAUCUUCAUUUAUGAUCCGGCCAUUGCUAUGUGAUCCUCGCUGCCCACCGCAACUGAAACACACAGUCGCCGGGUGCAGCGCGCCCAGAGCGAGCCCACAUCACUGUGGGAAGACGCUGAGGGCCACAUUUCAUCCUCAGGAUCUCUACUCACUCCCAUCACAACGGUCUUGUGUGAUGACCCAGCGAAGCGGCCUCUGGGAAGUGGCUUCUGUUAGCACUGAUGGCAUGCACACUGUGGACAGGGUUAUUGUGAAGCACCCACUAACAAGGCUGUAUUUGGACACAGCUGGGCGUUACAGGGGACAGAGAGUGUGCUCGUGGUGAUUUCUGCAUCCUCCAGCCUGAGCAUCACCCCUGGGGGGCAAGUCGUCCCCAGUCGCAGCGGGAUUACUUUGGUGCAGGCCCUCAGUCUCUUCCGUGGUCCACCUCUGCUCUUCCCCCCGUCCUGGGCUUCAUGCAUUCACUGAAAGCUUCAUCCUUCUUGAUCUGAAGAGCAUAACAGUGUCUCGGGCAUUGGUUCUGUGUCCACACUUGCACUGCUGGCAGCUUCCUGCUCUUGAAGCCCUGGCCUCGUGGCCAGUUUUCUCCAAAGGCAUUCCUGACCCAGGGGUUCCUCAGAGGCCCACUGCUUCCUUCCUGUGCUGUCUCCGGACUCAUGCGUCUGAGAAGAUGUGUGAAAUCACUUCAUGUGACUCAGGCGGGCUUGAGCUUGACGUGCACGGGGCGGGGCGGGCACUGUUACGGGACGGCUCUCACGCUGUGUGGCUGCUGGAGCGGACCUCACAAGGGACCCAGCGGUCACCGUCGCACUUCACAGACAGCACCCAUUCCUCCAAUUCCUUGCAUUGAUUUAUAUUUUGAAGCAGACAUGAACUUUCCUACUUCAUUCAGACAAAAGGGCAGCUGUAAAGGUGGUGGCCUUUGUAGGGACCAGGCUAUCGAAGGUGAUUGUUUGAGUGGAGCCAUUGAAUCACUGACGGUUGAGUGGGAAAAAACUGGUUAGAAGCAGGUCAGGUCUGCUCCUGGAUGGGCAGGAACCAAAGGGAUGAGACUGAUGGCUCUCUGAAGGGAGGGCGUGGGUAAUUGCCUCGCUCUGCCCACUGCCAUUUCCAUAAUGCUUCUUAGACGUAGCAUGCCAGCCCCUGGGCUUAGGGGUCUUAAGAGAAAACCCAGGAGUGAAGAUGGCUACUGGUGACUUAGAUUUUAUGGUAGCUCUGUGGCUCGUCGGUGCAAAGCGUCGAGCUGACAGACACGGACAGUAACUUAUCUGUCUGUGUUUGUUGGAAUCAGGUAGGAACUGGCAGCUUCCAAGGGCUGUCUGGUUUCUUAAUACAAUCUCUCCCAGAACCGGGAGACUGUGACGUGGAGAAGGGCCAAGCGUACCUUCUGAUCUUGCUGGUUUCAAGAUUGGAAAAUGGCAUAUUUGAUCUGAUAUGUUUGAGAAGAUACAAAUAAAGUUAGUUUGGGCAGAA